UCACAGCUUUUUAUAGGAGUCAGACUUGUUAGCAGCUUCCAGUGUUGGAUCAUCCAGCUGAUGGUGUUGAUUAACGUUUACUAUUGUUUGCAAUAUUUUGGUAGGUCUUAAUCAUUAUAAUGGUGGUUUUCUUUCUUUUUGUCAUUCAGCAAAUUUAUUUCCCAGACAGAUUGAAAAUCAUUUGAGAAGAUAAGGCAGCCAGACAAGACCAUGACCUCCACAGCACGCACGGUUGUGACAGCAAAAGAAACUUUCCAAAUUCUGAUGGAGGUCUCAAAACUUCUGAAUACAGGAUUGGAUGAAACUACCCUGGCUAUAUGUGUCCGGCUGUGCGAAAGUGGCGCUAACCCUGAAGCAUUGGCAAAAGUCAUCACAGAACUGCAGAGAGUGAAAAGAGAAGAGACAGGCAAGGGGCAGGGGGAUGGGGGGCAAUGAAUUGACUUUACGUGGAAUAGUAAAAGAUGUCAUGUAGAUGCUCAUUCAGCUUUUUUUCUUUCUUGCUUUUUUCUUGAAGUCAAGUUAGGAAAAGCGCAUCAACAGUAAUGUUGACUUGGGAUUUGUACAGGAGGCGUAAUUUGAAUCUGAUAGUUUAACUUCAGAUAUUCAGUUCAGUAGUUCACAAUUAAUGGAGAUUAGUUUAUUAGUUUUACACACAAGCAGUGAUCUAUAUAUAGGAAAAUCAUAUAUGUAUGGAUUUUUCCCUCUUCCUUGGAAUUUGUGUUGCUAAAAUAUAAAAGGAAAAAUAACUUGGUCAUAAUACUGUAAUCUACUUGAAUUAGUUCCCCAUAAAGACAAGAUCUGAUAUCACAAAAAAGUACUGUUUGCCAGCAUUGAUAGCAGUGCAAUAUCUCUGCUAUACUUACUUUUAUAAUGAUGAAGUUUGAAUAACAGUAGUUUGAAAUGAACUGUUAUGGUACAGACUAAUAAGACUAAAUAUAUACACAUUUUUUUCUUCUGCCUACAAUGCAGAUCAUAUAUGCAAAAUACAGUAAAUCAUUCUGGGAAGCUCAGAUUUAGGUAUACACCUGAUUUUAUUACAUACUCUCCAUUUUUUCUUUCUUUAAAACAUGUUUACUAAUGAUAAGAUACAAAAGUCUUGUUUUUUUGUCCCCCUUUGAAAGGAACAGUAAUGCUAGUCAUCUGUAGCUUGGUAAUCACAAAGCAGUAAUACAAUUAUGUAAGUAGAGGCAUUUGUUGGUCUCUACAUAUAUGAACAGUUUUCUAUAAUCAGUUCAGUUAUAUUGAAUAUACAUACUUUAUCUAGAUAAUAAAGUAAUAUUGAAAUUUGUGAUUGUGGAUAAAGUUUUUGUUUUAUCAAAGUUUCUUUUGUAUUCUUGUGCAUAUGAAAAAUUCAAAGGCAGACUAAAUGAUAUUAUUGUUUAAAUAGAGCCAUUUUUUAAAUCAUAACAUUGUGAAAGUCUGAAGGAUAUAUCAAGUAAGUGCAACUGAUUACAUUUUCUUGAAUAUUCCAUUUGACUGAAAUGUCAAGAAGGCCAUCUGGGGAAUUAGCUUUUAUUUCAGUCCAGAAAUGGAAUAUUAAUUAACAAUUUAAAAGAGUUCAUGAGUCAGUGCACUCACUCCAAAAGAGUUCAUUUAAUUUUUGCCAUGCUUUAUUUUUGGUAUGGAUAUUUUCACUUCAUAGAACUGAAGGAAAAUUCAUCUGGAAAAUUGCAAAUAUGAGCACUGCAUUUUUAGUGGAGCAUGCAUUGUCAGCAGCAAAUUUUGCAUGUAAUUAGAGUGGAAAGGUAUGCCCACUUACAGAAUAUUUGAUGUGAACAUUUCUUGGUAUAGUAUGUUACUUAGAUAACUAGCCUUUUGAAAUUGACCCCAAAAAAUUUAUUGCUAGUGUUAUAUACAGGAUUUAUUCUUUUCUAACAUGAUUCUGCAUACCAUAAUUACAAUACUGUCUGUGUAUGUUCCUCAACCAGGAAAUUAAUAAAAGUUUUAAAAAUA